AUGCCCACAAACGGGACCCACCAAGCUUUAAGGAUCCAGUUUGGCUUAAUCAAUUGUAGCAAUAAGUACCUGACAGCAGAGGCUUUUGGUUUCAAAGUCAAUGCAUCUGGCAUCAGUCUGAAAAAGAAGCAAAUCUGGAUGCUGGAACAGGAUGAAGGGAACAACUCAGUGGUAUUUUUCAAGAGCCACCUUGGCCGUUAUCUGUUGGCUAAUAAGGAUGGCAAUGUGUCUUGUGAGGCAGAGAAACCUGACAAUGACUGCAGAUUCACGGUUAUUGCACAUGCCGAUGGCAGAUGGACUCUACAGUCUGAACCCCACAAGCGGUACUUUGGUGGGUCUGAAGACCAUCUCUCAUGCUUUGCACAGACCAUCACCGAGUCCGAACUUUGGUCCAUCCACCUGGCCAGCCACCCUCAAGCCAACCUUCUAAGUGUCAGUCGCAAAAGGUACGCCCAUCUGUCAGCCCAAGAAGGUGAGCUGUCAGCUGACAGCAACAUUCCUUGGGGUGUGGAUGCUCUCAUCACCUUGAUCUACCAAGAGAAGAAGUACAGCAUCCAGACUUGUGACAAUAGGUUUCUCAGAAAUGAUGGAAAGCUGAUUAAGAAGCGUGAUCAGGGCACUGGCUACACCCUGGAAUUUAAAGCUGGGAAGAUCGCUUUCAAGGAUCAUGAAGGAAAAUAUUUGAGUGCAAUAGGGCCAACUGGUACUCUAAGAUCUGGAAGAAAUUCCAAGCCUGGCAAAGAUGACCUCUUUGAUUUGGAGCAGAGUCAUCCUCAAGUGGUUUUACAAGCUUCAAAUGGCCGCCUGGUGUCCAUCAGACAAGGUGAGGAGCUUGCGCAGAGUGGUAAUGUCCCUAACCUCUAA